AUUCGACAGCUGGAUGCCAGUUUAUUUGCAAAAAAUCGCGAAACUAGUCAACAUAUCGGGAGAUCACUCAGGCGUGAAAUCGUUUCGAAAACGAGUAUUGCAGAAUUGCGAAGUACAAUAACAAAAAAGCACAUCAAAGGAUUUAAUUUAAAAAAACAAACAGUCAUACUAAUCUGAGGACUUACACUUGUGGAUAAUGGCCUUGGUACCUUCCAACAACACACUGAGCGAAUGGGAUUAUUGGGAUCAGCGUCGUCGUUUGUGGCGCGAUUGGGAUCUCAUCGAUUGGGAUGUACCCUAUUAUAGACGUCUAAAUCGUGUCGGUUCAGCCCCCGAUCUAAGUCGGGUGGUGGUGGGCAAGGAUGGUUUUGAGGCCAACAUCGAUGUGGGACCCUUUAAACCCUACGAGAUCACAGUCAAAACGGCCGGAGAUACAGUCAUAGUGGAGGCCAAACAUGAAAAACGCCGAGAUGGUGAUAGUUUUGUGGGUCGCCAUAUAGUCAAGCGGUUCAUAUUGCCACGGGGCUAUUAUCCCAAUGAUGUGAGAGCCGAACUUAGUUCCGAUGGCAUACUCAUAGUCAGAUGUCCACCAUGUUCGACGGCAGAGCGCAGUGUAUAUGUGCGACAAAUGGGUCUGCCCUAUUUGAGUUUAAAGCAUUAAGUCCAGUUAAAAAGCAACAACA